AAUCACGUCAGUCUCAAGCACGUCUUCUCAACCUUCCAAUAUGAUUAUGUACAUACAUAACUAGUCUUCUGCCGCCCUCCAUCGUCUCCAGACCGAUUACCCAAACAUGCCUUACCUCUCAACCGUAAAUGAUUUAGUCGCUGGCAGCGUCGGCGGCGCCGCUCAAGUCCUUGUAGGCCAACCACUUGAUACUGUCAAGACACGCGCACAAAUCGCUCCGAAGGGAAUGUUUAAAGGACCUAUGGAUGUUCUUGCACAAACUGUUCGAAAAGAGGGUUUCUUUGCGCUAUACAAAGGGAUGGCCAGCCCCCUUCUUGGAAUCGCUGGGGUCAACUCCUUGCUAUUUGCCUCAUACGUGUACUCUAAACGUAUCGUUUCACCAUUCCCACAGCUCUCCUUGAAGGAGAUCGCCAUGGCAGGAGCAAUGGCUGGAGCUGCAAAUGCUAUUCUUGCCAGUCCAGUCGAGAUGUUUAAAGUUCGCAUGCAAGGCCAAUACGGCGCUGCCACCGACAAGAAACUCAGAGAUGUCGCAAAGGAGAUGUGGAGAGACUGGGGCUUUCGGAAAGGUGUCAUGAGAGGCUACUGGGUUACAGUUGCGAGAGAGAUACCAGCAUAUGCAGGAUUUUACACAGCGUUUGAAUUUUCGAAGCGACAGUUUCAGAGGCAAUAUGGGGAUAAAGUCCCCGUUUGGGCCCUUCUUGCUAGUGGUUCAACUGGCGGACUCGCAUACUGGCUAUCUUGCUACCCAUUAGAUGUGAUAAAGUCUCGCAUCCAGUUGCGCCAGACACCGCCGACUGGCAAGCCCUGGAAAUAUAUGACCAAUGAAAUCAGGAUGGUUAUAGCCGAAUCAGGAAUAACGGGGCUUUUCCGCGGUCUGUCGCCAUCGCUGCUAAGAACCAUACCCGCUGGAGCGAGCACAUUUGCGGCGUUCGAGUUGACUCGAGAAUUUCUCACGGAGUCCACAGGAGCUUAAGGUCAAGAUACAUUUGAAACACACGUACAAUAUGCGAGUGAAAUGCUACUAAUACAAUGAUCCCUCGGAAACAUGAAUAUCUGGCGUGCGACUCAAGAUGCCUCAUUGGAU